AUGAAUUGUGUCAUUCAACUGUGCUCGUUUGGUGUAAGCAAUCGAGAAAUACUGAAAAACAAUUCUGUCAUACAUUUCAAGUUUUUCGACAACAGUCUUACGCUUUAUAGCGAAGACAUCACUUCCGGACACAUCUCAUACAAAGUGUCGGCAAUUGAUUUGAAACAAAACAAAGUCACUGAUCAUAACGUGAAGAUAUUUGUGUUGAAUGAUAAAGAAAACCAGUUUAUACCGCAGGCACCGACCGGUCGGCUAUACAACCAUGGUGAAUUUGUUUUGUUUAGCAUCGAUGUGGCUAAUGUUGCGGCAACAUCAUACUUAAUUGAGUAUUACGGGGCGUCCGGUGCCCGGGAACUGUUGGCCACGAGCCAUAUCGUGCCCUUUCAAAAGACAGCCACCGAUGGUCUGACCACCAGUCCUGUCGUUGAUAGUAAAGGCAAUAUUAUUGGCAGUAUUAAUGUUAAUUAUUUGGUUAUUCGGCCGAUCAGUGGCUUCGAUGCCGACGUGAAUCACACCAUUGAUAUCAAGUCGGGCGCAAUGAUGGGUCACAGGGGGACGGGUGUGGGCAGGCGUACGGAUCUGAGAAUAUUCUGGAAAACACAAUUGAGGCGUUUAAUUAUGCCUGUCGUCACGGUUACAGGGGCCGAUAUGAUUGAGCUGGAUAUACAAUUAUCAAGCGAUAAAAUACCAAUAAUUCAUCACAACUUUGAUACACAACUCUACGUCAGAGAAAAUAUAGGCACUGAUUUAGCAAAACAAAAUACCGCGAUUAAAGAUCUAGCAUAUUCACAAAUGAAAAAGAUAAGUACUGUUGAGAGUAAAAACUUUGAUUAUGAGGACAAUCAGCCGUUUGAGACACUGAAGGAUGUCUUGGAGAAAAUGGAUGCGAACUGUGGUAUCAAUUUUGAGAUCAAAUAUCCGCAGACAUAUAGUGACGGUCACUGGGAGGCAGAGAAGCCGUUGGAAUUGAAUGAAUACAUAGAUAUCAUUGUGAAGGCAUUGUAUGAUAAUAUCGGCAACAGAUCCGGAAUCAUAACAUCAUUUCACGUCGACUUGUGCUCAAUGAUACAAUUAAAACAAAACAAACUAAGAGUAGCGCUCCUGACGUCAGGCGAUGUGAAGCACUGGGACCCGAAAGCUAAGCCCCUAUACGACCCGCGCGGCACUACUAUUCCGUUGGGCGCGUACUUCGCUGAGGGUAUGGGUUUGGACGGUAUGUCUAUUCUGGCUAAGGAUCUGUUGGCCGACAAAACACUUAUACCGUUUGUAAAGUCACGCAAACAACACGUAUACGUCUGGGGCGACCAAAUCAAUAAUCGACAGGUCAUCGACCAGUUGGUCAAUAACGGCGCCGACGGACUUAUAAUGAACAAUUGUCAAUCUAUGUUGGUGAUAUUGGCAUAUCAUUCAGUUGUGAACGUGGAGUGUAAUCUUACGCUUUAUAGCGAAGACAUCACUUCGAGACACAUCUCAUACAAAGUGUCGGCAAUUGAUUUGCACCGAAACAAAGUCACUGACCAUAACGUGAAGAUAUUUGUGUUGAAUGACAAAGAAAACCAGUUUAUACCGCAGGCCCCGACCGGCCGGGUGGCCAAUGUUGAGGCAACAUCAUAUCUAAUUGAAUAUUACGAAACGUCCGGUGCCCGGGAACUGUUGGCCACGAGCCAUAUCGUGCCCUUUCAAAACACAACCACCGAUGGUCUGCUGACCACUCCUGUCGUCGAUAGUAAGGGCACUCUGAUUGGCAGUACUAAUGUUAAUUAUUUGGUUAUUCGGCCGAUCAGUGGCUUCGAUGCCGACGCGGAUCAGACCAUUAAUAUCAAGUCGGGCGCAAUGAUGGGUCACAGGGGGACGGGUGUGGGCAGGCGUACGGACCUAAAGGAGAAUAUUCUGGAGAACACUAUCGCGGCGUUCAAUUAUGCCUGUCGUCACGUGGAAUACAGUGAUAUAGGAGCCGAUAUGAUUGAAUUGGAUAUUCAUUUAUCACGUGAUAAAAUACCAAUAAUUUAUCACGAUUAUGAGACGCAACUUUAUGUCCGAGAAAUAAGUACUGUUGACGAUGGAAUAGCAGUUAGUGCCAACCUCCUUUUCUAA